UGUCAAAGUAACAUCUGCAAAGGAACAAUAAAAAAAGAGUGUUCCUGGCAUUUGCUCGAAAGGGUAUUUUCACGCUGACUUUGGUGAUAGUUUUAUUGAUUAUUUACCGUUUGUUCGAACAAUUUAGAAGUAAAAUGGUGAAAUUGUGAGAAAGUUUGAGAUCAAAUUGCAUUAGAAGUACGAAGGCCAAUCAUGCUACGCUAAACAAAGUCGUGAGUUAGGCGAUGCAAUUUUCUCUUUGUAUGGAAAAUUCACGAACAUGAACACGGACAGGAUCGCCCGUGAAAAGGGGGAAGCGAUACAAUACUGAGCGAGAGUAACAAGAACAGUGCAAAAGUAACACUGCAGUCGAAAAAGUCAUAAAAGGUUUGUGUACACAGCGCGGACGGGUGUCUUCCUGAAAAGAGCAAUGAACGUCGAGUUCAAUCGACUUCGUACCUAUGACAGAUGGGAGGAAGCAAGUUGGACUACAUCCGCGUACGACACGAUUGAAGCCCUGGCCAAAGCGGGAUUCUACGCUACUGACCGUAACAUGGAGGUGAAAUGUAACUUUUGUGGAGUAACAAUUCUUAUUGGAAACUCGACAGAGAAUAUCGAAGAAACACAUCGAAUGCUGAACCCGAACUGCGACUUUCUGCUGCAUCCGGAUCGCACCAAUAAUGUGCGUUGCUUCGAUGCCAUCGAACUCAAAAGGGAAGAGUGUCGUCUAGCGACGUUUUCCACCUGGCCAGUCGCGUACAUUAGUCCAAACUCGCUAGCCAGAGCAGGUUUAUACUAUACAUACAACUCCGAUCAGGUUAAAUGUGCCUGGUGCGAGGGAGUCAUCGGCCAGUGGGAAGUAGGAGACGACCCAUUUACGGAGCAUCAAAAGUUUUUUCCAAACUGUCCGAAGGUACUUUCCAGUACCUUCGGCUCCAAUCCGAUUAUGGAUAGUAGCAUUGGGAUAUUGCCAGUCAAAACACCCCACGCAGCUCAGUUUAGCUCACUGGAUUCAAGAGUACGAUCAUUUGAAAGUUGGACAACGGGGCAUAUUCAAAAUCCAGAACGACUUGCACAGGCUGGUUUCUAUUACCUAGGCAGAUCGGACGAGGUUCAUUGUUUUUACUGUCAUGGAGGGUUACGUUAUUGGCUGCCUGACGAUGAUCCCUGGUUCGAACAUGCCAGAUGUUUCCCCAAAUGCCAAUUUGUACAACUAGUGAAGGGACAACUGUUUAUUGAAAACGUACAAACCCAAAUUAAGAAUAACAGCACAAGUGGUCAACAGCAGCAGAUGCAAAUUGGAGCUCACACAACAAUUUCUAUGACCCUAGAAGAGGCUCUUGGUACAGAGCCAGUCCAGAUGGCGUUAUCGAUGGGACUCAAUGCAGGUCGCAUACGUGCCGUUACCAAGCGAUACUUGGAGAGCACCGGUCAACCAUACACUGAUUCUCAGGCUCUAAUUGAAGCCGUCCUUGAUGGUCAAAUUCAAGACGAAGAGCUAGAACCAACCAGUACGACUCGAAUGGAUCGUCGCAUCGAAAACGAAGUAUCACGUCUUCUGUGGUCGGCUAUAUCGUCAUCAGCGGCUCCAAACCUAUCGUCAUUCAGCUCCACAUUUUCGGCCCCCUCGCCUUCUUCCGAUUCAGCCGGUUCCGAUGAGGUUCGUUCCGUUGACACAAGCUCUCAGACAGUACAAUCUACCUCUAGGAUAGUCACCUCCGCUGCUACAGCUGACUGUAAAAUGGUACCUGAAAUAUUGGCCCCGGCCGACAACGCUGUGCACGAGCCGGGCGAUCCAGAGAACGAUAAAACGUUUCGACUGGAGGAAGAGAAUAAACGACUGAAGGAUGCCCGAGAGUGUAAGAUUUGCAUGGCAGAUGAAGUCGGUGUUGUAUUCUGCCCCUGUGGACAUCUCGUAUCAUGCGUUCAAUGCGCCCCAGCGCUCACCAACUGUCCAGUAUGUCGAUCCGUAAUAAAAGGACUCGUGCGGACUUUCUUGUCGUAAACUGAAGACGACAAGUGCACACAGUGGAGGGUUUACACAGUUUAAUACACAAAGCACAAAGUUGAGCCAAAGGCUCAUUUACAUGGUUCACGAAGUACACGGUUGACGCAUACAAAGAAUGUUGAGAGAUCGCUGUCUCAGCUUCAAUCAAACCUUUCCUACUUGAUUCAUAAGCUUGGAGGGCUUUUAUCCAGUGAGAUUGCUUACUCGGCAUAUCCUAACUAUUCAUAUGUGUAACUAAUAUACACCGUAACAGCAUACGUUACAGCCGAAAAAGCAAAGUUUAAUUUAGUGAUAGAGAGAUGGUACGUUGAAAUUUAAAUCGAAAAUACUUUCUUCAAGAAGGAACGGAUUUACUAUGAACAUAAAUGAAAACAAGGUGAAAAGAUUUUCUUUCCGAUAGUGUGGUGUGAUCUAUAAACAGGACAACCCUAGGGCAGUUAUCUAGAAUUUGAGCGUAGUUUUCAGUGGUAAAACUGUCUAAAUAGUAUUAAUGUUAGUUAAAAAUUGCAAACACAAUAAAUUAUUGCAACUACGAA